UCUCUGUUGUUAUCGUCGCCGACGCCGCCGACGCCGUUCCAGUAGCUCGAGCCCCUCCGCGGCGCUCUUUCGGGUCCGCAGCGGCCUUCUCUCCCCUCCCCCGUCACGCUCCUCCUCUCCCCGGGCCGCGCCGCUCACGCGAGCCCCCGGCUUCACCCGAGGCCUACCCGUCCCUCCGACCAUGGCGCGGCCGUCCGUGCCCAGCUCGCAGAAGGCGCUGCUGCUGGAGCUGAAGGGGCUCCAGGAGGAGCCCGUGGAGGGUUUCCGCGUCAGCCUGGUGGACGAGGGGGACCUCUACAACUGGGAGGUGGCCAUCUUUGGGCCCCCCAACACCCACUACGAGGGGGGCUACUUCAAGGCUCGUCUCCGAUUCCCUAUCGACUACCCUUAUUCACCACCCACCUUCCGGUUCCUGACCAAAAUGUGGCAUCCAAACAUAUACGAGACCGGAGACGUUUGCAUUUCCAUUCUACACCCUCCGGUGGAUGACCCACAGAGUGGAGAGCUGCCUUCAGAAAGAUGGAAUCCCACGCAGAACGUGAGGACGAUUCUCCUCAGCGUGAUCUCGCUGCUCAACGAACCCAACACAUUCUCUCCUGCCAACGUUGACGCUUCGGUGAUGUACAGGAAGUGGAAGGAGAGCAAAGGCAAAGAUCAGGAAUACACAGACAUCAUCAGGAAGCAGGUCCUCGGAACCAAGGUGGAUGCAGAGCGCGACCAAGUCAAGGUCCCGACGACGCUGGCAGAGUAUUGCGUCAAGACCAAGACUCCAGCGCCGGACGAGGGCUCGGACCUCUUCUACGACGACUAUUACGAGGACGACGAGAUGGACGACGAGGUCAACAGCUGCUACGGGGACGAAGACGAUUCCGGCAACGAGGAGUCUUGACGAGGGACACCUCCCCCUCCCCGCCAUUCUCCUCAGCCCCCUCUUUUUCUCCGCACCCCCUCUCUGCCCCCUUCCCUCCACCGCUGCCUCCUGCUGCUGCCGCUCCCGAUAGUAGCAAUAAACUAUCUGACUCUUUUACUUGAACCCAGGACGCCACCCGGCUGAGACUCGGAAACAAAGCAAAAAAAAAGAGAA